UGCACACUGAACUUUAUAAAGGCCCGGCAACUGCGAUGGCAAACCCGCUGGUGUCAUUCACCCUGAUCAAGAGGCUGCAUUCAGAGUGGCUGAAUGUAGUCUACAGCAACGAAGCCCUGGAGAACGCACAAGGUUUGCUCUAGUGCCCAGUUGAAAAAUGCGUGAUCUGAUGGAAUUUCCAGGCAAUGCAACUACCAACAAAAGCCUGUCUGUGAUCAUCAAGGUGUGUGUGGUUAUCCCCCUCUUCUGCGUCUUCCUCUACUGCAUUGCUGUCAUGCUGCACAUCUUUGCGUCUCACAGGCAGUACCUGGACUCCACACGUUACAUCCUGUUUGCCUACAUGCUGAUCAACGACACUCUCCAGCUCUUGUCUUCUGUGCUGCUCUUCCUCUUUGUCAUGGGCCAGGUGAAAUUUUAUUUUGUCUUCUGUGUUCCUGUGCUGUUCUUUUCCACUGCCACCUUCCAGAACACGCCUUUAAUCCUGGCCACCAUGUCUCUGGAGCGCUAUGUUGCUAUCUUCUAUCCGCUGCAGCGCCCGGCCGCCUGGUGCUCAGACCGUAUCUGGGUAAUUAUUCUGUCCCUGUGGCUCAUCAGCUGUAUCUUGCCUAUAGUUGAAUACUUCAUCGAUGUGAGUGAUCCUGCUGCAGUUGAAAUCCUCUCUAGACCUGUGCUUUGCAAACCUGCCAUUAUCAAAACAUCUCGAAUCCAGGCUUUGUUCAUAGUUGGUGUCUAUAUUCUCUUAUUUGCAGUCGUGGCUGUUGCCAUUCUCUUUACCUAUGUGAGAAUCCUGUUGGAAACAAGGAAGCUGAGACAGGACAAAGCGUCUGUGAGCAAAGCCAUGCACACCGUGCUGCUACACGGCUUUCAGCUGCUGCUGUGCGUUUUGGCUUUCACGAGCCCCAUCACUGAAAGUCUCAUAGUGCUGCAUGCCAACUGGCUACCAGAAGACAUUGCCUUUUUUAAUUAUUUCUGCUUCAUCCUUACUCCACGCUUCCUCAGCCCGCUCAUAUACGGCUUUAGAGAUCAGAAUCUCAGGGGCAGCAUCCUGAAGACAAUUUUCUGCUACUCAGACAAAGUUAAACCCGGCAAGAGAGGCAAGAUUCAGGACAACCUGUCUGCUUCUUGA